CCGGGUGGAGCCGUGGGGCGCCAUGGAGGACAUUAACUCCAACGUGAACGCCGACGCCGAAGUGCGGAAGCUGCAGGAACUGGUGAAGAAGCUGGAGAAGCAGAACGAGCAGCUUCGCAUUCGCAGUGCUGCUGGGGCUCCGGGCGGCAGCCCGAAGCGGCUGCUCAGCAGUAACAGUGGCGGAGGCUCGGGCGCUUGCACGCCGCCACUGCUCCUGACGCCGCCGCCUCUUGCUGCAGCCCACGGAGCUGCCACUAUCGCCCCGCUGUCACCUUCCUCGUCGUCUCCCGCCGUCAGGAGCAGUCCGUUGCUGCUGGGGCUCGAGAACCGCUGCCUCAGUCCCAAGGCCGGGCCCAGGCGGCCUCCGCCGAGCGAGGAGAACGGAGGAGGAGGAGGCAGCUUGGCGGCGGCAGAGGUUGCAGCAGGGGGAGCCGGAGAAAAUGCCAGCCUCCUGGAUGAAGUGGAGCCGCUGAGGCCCGACGAGCUGGAGCGACUGGCCGGCUGCGAGGAAGACGAGACGGGCUGGUUGUAUACAUCACCAAAGAAGAAAGUUGCUCCAGUGCAAAAAUCUAUUAGUCCACUAGUUUGGUGCAGGCAAAUACUGGAUUACCCAACUCCAGAUAUUGAAUGUGCUAAAAAAUCAUUGAUCCACAGGCUUGAACAGACAAUGUCAGCCCUCAAGAGACACAGCCUCUAUAGUAAUCCAUUCAGCACUGUCAAUUACACAAACUCCUAUAGUCCAAAUGCUGGCAGCCCCUACAACAGUAGCUUCAACUCUCCUUCCUCCACACCAGUGAAACCUCCUUUAGUAAAACAACUCAUACUUCCUGGCAACUCAGGUCACUUCAAAAGUUCAGCAGAUAGAAAUCCUCCACUUAGCCCGCAAUCCUCUAUAGACAGUGAAUUAAGUGCUUCAGAAAUGGACGAAGACUCAAUUGGAUCAAAUUACAAACUGAACGAUUUAACAGAUGUGCAAAUUUUAGCUCGGAUGCAAGAAGAAAGUCUCCGACAAGAAUAUGCAGCUACUGCUUCUCGGCGUAGCUCUGGUUCUUCAUGCAGUUCAAUGAGGCGAGGAACAUUUAGUGACCAAGAACUUGAUGCACAGAGCUUAGAGGAUGAAGAAGACAGCUGCCAUCAUGCAGUGCACCCAGCGGUUAACCGGUUCUCUCCAUCCCCACGUAAUUCACCACGGCCUUCACCAAAGCAGUCCCCAAGGAAUUCUCCCAGAUCUCGAUCGCCUGCUAGAGGAAUAGAGUACAGUAGAGUGUCACCCCAGCCUAUGAUUAGCCGCUUGCAGCAGCCUCGUCUUUCACUUCAAGGCCAUCCCACUGAUUUACAGACUAGCAGUGUCAAAAAUGAAGAAAAGCUAAGGCGUAGUCUUCCAAACCUGUCCAGGACAUCUAACAUCCAAGUUGAGUCUGUGAAAAACAGUAGAAGUGACUCAAACUUUCAAGUGCCAAAUGGAGGGAUACCUCGUAUUCAACCUCAACCCUCAUCCACUCUGCAAAGGCAGAAAAAAUUGCCCCGUGUUGCCUUCAAAAACAAACAGCUACUUCCUACUCCAGCUACCAAAGGAGUUCCUUCUCCCAGUAAAUUCCGGUCCCCAGCAGCACCAUCUCCUCUGGCUCUGAGACAGCCGGUAAAAGCAUUUAGUAACCAUGGACCUAGCUCUGCUGUUUCAGAAGCCAUCCAGCUUCCACACAGCAGCUCUUCACCAGGGCCUUUAGCAGCUCCCAAUUCAGUCUCUCCAAGCCCAGCCAGCAGCAUCAACAGUGCUACGCUUACAAGACCUGCAGGGACAACAGGGAUGAGGAGUGGUUUGCCAAGACCUAGUGCCUCUUCCAGUGGGGGCAUACCAGUGCCUCGCAGCAAACUUGCACAGCCUGUUCGCAGAACAUUGCCAGCUCCCAAAACCUAUAGCAACAUGAAAGAUGAAAGCUGGAAGGAUGGCUGCUAUUGAACAGCAAAGUUACAUUGCUCAGCAGGUACUCCUUCACCAGGCUAAACGACAGAUCAGUAUGCAGACUGAUCAGAUAAGACUUGGGGGGGUUGUAAAUCCCCAAACCUCUCUGUCCUUAAUUAGCACAAGCUGGCAGAGAUUAUAAAACAGCACUUUAAUGACAUUAACAUCAGAUACUUGGUGAUCACUCAAAUCACUUUUAUGUGAUUUACUUCUCACCUCUGGCGCUCCCCCCUCCCUUUCCCCGGCUUCCUAAAAUUGUCAUAAAAGCUCACAGGGAUACAAUGGCCAACAUUUGGGCAAAUACCUAAAAAAAAUGCCAAAGACAUAUACAUUUGAAAAAGCAGCAUGUAAAAUUGUAAGCAAAUAUUUUCUAAAACAUCAUACAUGACUUGAUUGGAUUUAAGGAACAAGGAAUUUUUGGAUAUGUAUUAUUGGAAACGUUAACAUUAUUAAUCAAAGCAAAAAAAAAAAGAUUUCAAAGUGCUACUUUGCUAGUGAGAUUGUUUUAAACAAUUGUGGAAGAUUUGGAUGGAGAAACUGUUGAGUCAUGGUAGAACAAUUGUCUCUGUACUCCCCCCUAAGGGAGUGGUAGGGAAGCUAUGCCAUUGUUUUAUACCAUUUAAACAGUCUGGAAGCAAUAGGUUCCCCAAAUAUGGGUGGGAUAGCUUACAUCCUUUUAUGUUGACAUGACAUAUCUGGUUUGUGUUAUUUUAUUUUGAUUGCCAAAGGGCUUAGUAUCAGUUGUACAAUCUUUCUAAAUCUAGCAGUUCCUGGCUCAGGAAUUGAUGGCCUUUGCUAUUGCAGCCACAUUUUUAACACACAACUCACACUAUUUUGAGAAGUCAUUUUUUAGAACAAAUUUCCUUGAAAAGGAAAGAGAGUAUCCAUUAAUAUAUCACACCACAGUGCUUGCAGCCUGGAACUCAACUGAACAUGCCUAUAGAUAACAUGAAGAAAAGACAACUAUGCACUUGUAACCUAGAGAUUCUAAGGAAAUGAGUUGUACUGUUGAUACCAAAUGAUAUAUUCAUGUGAGUAAUGUUUUAAUGAGGGAAUCUUCUUUAUCCUUUUAAAAAAACUGAUUCACUUCCUAAAUUUGUUUUUAAUUGUAAAUACUUCUACUGAAGUUAUCGCCCAUGUUAGUAUCUUAACUAUGUACUUUGCCUUACACCUGUAUUUUGCAUUGUUGGUAAAAGAUUUGUUUUUAAAGCCUGCCACAUAUGUUUACAAGGUAUUUAAUUCCUCUAGUGGCUGUCAGAGUAACCAGUACUUAUCAUUUUUUUUGCCUAUCCUUGUUGGCAGAGUACCCUGCCCAGCAGAAAACUGCUACUAUUAACACCUAAAGCCCACCCAACCACCCCUUUUUAGUUUAGUGCUGCAUUGGAAGACUGAAGAUGUGUUAUGUGAAGACAACGGGUUGUGGGAGCAGGACAAUGACAAGAAAACACCUUUAUAGGGGAUGUGAGGGCAGUCUCUCAGUAUAGCAUGUGGCUGUAAUUGUGCAGCACUUGCUAAGUAUGUAAUGAAACAAGAAGAUGGUCAGGAUACCUUUUUUUGUAAUAACUGAAGAAUUGAGCAGACUCUGUUGGAGUGUGUGGUAGGUUGCCUUUUAACCUCCUUUAUGCCUGCCUCUUAAAAUACGCUCUUCAAUUCUUGCAACAAAGGGUAAUUGAUUUUGGAAUUGCAGUCCUCAAAUUUUUAGCUAGCCUUCAUAGAUGAGUGGAUUAAAAGCCAUGCAAUUUUUACUUGAAUUGGAAAAGUGAGCAAGGGUGGGAUAGGACCAGAUACUGGCUCCAACAGUUUCAUCACCAAGAAGUAAGCUUUUAUUCAUUAAAAGAGGGCCCUUUCCUAUGACCAUGUUUUAAGUCAUGGGAUUCCUACUGUGGGAAUCUUUAGGAUGCUGAUUUUUAAAGGCACAACGUGGGUUCUUUUAUGCAUGAAUCAACUGCCAAGAAAGACAUGCCAUGCUGUGCCACUUUCUGAUUCUCAGCAAAACCAGGUCUUAGAAAUAGACAUGUACGGAAAUCUUUCCCACACUACAUUUUUAUACAGUGGAAUACUUGAACUGCUGUGAAUCACAAGUACAGUGUGGGAAGUGGCACUCCUUUUAAUUGUAAAUGUUACUGCUAAACAUUUCCCCUGAUCUUCACAUUCAGUUCGAUCAAAAUUUACUGAUCUGGUUCGUCUUCCUAAAUCAGUGUAGCCAAUAAUCUGCAGAAAAAUUGAGACAGGGGUUAAACAGAGCUGUGUUGUGCUGUAAUUCUCUGCGCUUGAGCAUUCUGUCAGCAUGGGUUUCCCACAAAUCCAGCAAAGACUCCUUCAGCCACAGCUCCUCGCAAGCCCGUACAGAAGCCCUUGUGAAAAGCCCUCCGCUUUUAGUCGCCUCAGUGGUAGCCAGCAUUAUAUUUGCUCCCUCGACUGCGGCUUUUCCUUCGCAGCGGCCUCUGUAUGGGCUUGCGAGGAGCUGUUGCCAGCUUUGUGGGAAACCCAUACUGAUGGAAUCCAGUCAAGCACAGAGAAAUACCUUUUACUAAGGUAAGAGACCAAACAGUCUAGUCUAACACAUGCUAUUUAAAAUCUGAGGUACCUAAAUAUUUUAGGUAAAUCUACCUAGCCUAAUUUGUAAAACUUGGCUUUAACAAAGUAGAUGUUGCAGUGUUCAGAAGUCAAGAAAUUUCAUUAUUUUUGCUUUUAUUAGGAAAAGAUUUAAUUUUGUCUUAGUCAAAAAUUCAGAUGUUGCCUUUUUUAACCAAGCUUCAUCACCGUAUUUUAUAAACUACUAUUUUUAUCAGGCUCUGUUAUUUAAUCACUUUGAAGGUGUGUUAGGUUCUGGAAACAUCCUGCUGCUACAUCAUAAUAAACAUCCUGCAAAUACAAAUUCCUGAAAGAUGAAAACUGCCAGUUUACUUGAGGAAAUUUUGUGCAUUACCAGUUUAUUUGAUUACCAGGACAUCCUAGGACUUUCUGUGUUUAGAGGUUUGGGUAUAUUAAAGAAGUGUGGAAACAUGAAUUUGAUAAACUAGUGCCUAUGAUUUACUUAACUUAUGUUUGAUAAUAGUUGUAAGGGUUUUAUGAAUGUGGAUUAUUUUUUUUGUGCCAACAGGUCGGAAUUGUUGUAUGUAUGUAGGCAGAAAGAAAGGAGUUCUGCUUCCAAAGUUAUUUAAUUUUUUCCUCAGUGUUUGAAUGUUUUUGUAAAUGUUAAUAAAAAAGUGUAAAAAAGAAAAAAAAAGAAAAAUAUAAAUAUUCUUACCACAUUAUUUGAGUCCUUUUUAAAAAUAAAAUAUGUAUGUAAAAUGAAA